AUGUGGAGGCUUGCUCUAAUUGCAGGUCUCUGUUUGAUGAUCGCCAGCUUGGCCUCUUCAUCCAGGCUAGUGUGUUACUUUAACAGCGAGGCCGAAGAAAGAGCAGAGGACGGGAAGUUCACAGUUUCAGAUAUCGAUCCAAACAAGUGUACCCAUCUGAUCUAUGCCUUUUCUGACAUUAACCAUCAACACAAGCUAGUACCCAGUUGUGGAACGGACAUACAACGUUAUAAGUUCUUUAAUGGACUCAAAAACAGAAAUCCACGGCUCAAAACCCUGCUGGCGGUUGGUGGCUUGACUUUUGACAUAUCAAAAUUCAGUAAAAUGGUGUCAACACGACCAAAGAGAGCAAAGUUCAUCCAGUCUGCUAUCAAACUUCUGAGAGCAAAUGGUUUCAAUGGGCUAAACAUUGACUGGAGGAACCCCAGAGGAGCUGGGAGCCAACUACAGGACAAGCAGAGAUUCACAUCGCUGUGCAAGGAGCUCAGGGAGGCCUUUGUGGCUGAAGGAGAAGCCACUAAACGUGAAAGGUUAAUUAUCACUGCUAGUGUCUCUGCUGAGAAACCAAUCAUCGAUGCCAGUUACGAAGUUGAACAGAUUGCCAAGUGCCUAGAUUUCAUUAAUGUGCUGACAUUUGACUUUCACCACCCAUGGGAAAGUGUCACAGGACAUCACAGCCCCUUAUACCAGGGAUCCAGAGACACUGGAAACAGGAUCUACUUGAACACUGACUAUGCCAUGCGGUACUGGCAGUCUAAGGGAGCCCCUGCAGAAAUGCUAAACAUGGGGUUUGCAGCAUAUGGGCUAGCUUUUAACCUCUCCGGUGCAUCCAGUGAAGUCGGAGCACCAGCCAAUGGUCCUGGAGCCGAACGCCGAUUCACUAGUGAAGAGGGAUUAUGGGCCUACUAUGAGACUUGCCUUUAUCUUGAGGGGGUAACAACACAGCUGAUUCCUGAUCAGAGAGUUCCAUACGCCACCGCAGAAAAUCAGUGGGUUGGAUAUGACAACUAUGACAGCCUUCAAACGAAAGUCAAUUACCUAAAAACUAACAGCUUUGGAGGAGCCGUUGUGUGGUCUCUGGACCUCGAUGACUUUAGAGGAAAGUUCUGUAAACAGGGAAAGUACCCCUUCAUCAGCCAACUGCAUACUCUCCUGGUCCCAGCCUCUUCAUCCAGGCUAGUGUGUUACUUUAACAGCGAGGCCGAAGAAAGAGCAGAGGACGGGAAGUUCACGGUUUCAGAUAUCGAUCCAAACAAGUGUACCCAUCUGAUCUAUGCCUUUUCUGACAUUAACCAUCAACACAAGCUAGUACCCAGUUGUGGAACGGACAUACAACGUUAUAAGUUAUUUAAUGGACUCAAAAACAGAAAUCCACGGCUCAAAACCCUGCUGGCGGUUGGUGGCUUGACUUUUGACAUAUCAAAAUUCAGUAAAAUGGUGUCAACACGACCAAAGAGAGCAAAGUUCAUCCAGUCUGCUAUCAAACUUCUGAGAGCAAAUGGUUUCAAUGGGCUAAACAUUGACUGGAGGAACCCCAGAGGAGCUGGGAGCCAACUACAGGACAAGCAGAGAUUCACAUCGCUGUGCAAGGAGCUCAGGGAGGCCUUUGUGGCUGAAGGAGAAGCAACUAAGCGUGAAAGGUUAAUUAUCACUGCUAGUGUCUCUGCUGAGAAACCAAUCAUCGAUGCCAGUUACGAAGUUGAACAGAUUGCCAAGUGCCUAGAUUUCAUUAAUGUGCUGACAUUUGACUUUCACCACCCAUGGGAAAGUGUCACAGGACAUCACAGCCCCUUAUACCAGGGAUCCAGAGACACUGGAAACAGGAUCUACUUGAACACUGACUAUGCCAUGCGGCACUGGCAGUCUAAGGGAGCCCCUGCAGAAAUGCUAAACAUGGGGUUUGCAGCAUAUGGGCUAGCUUUUAACCUCUCCGGUGCAUCCAGUGAAGUCGGAGCACCAGCCAAUGGUCCUGGAGCCGAACGCCGAUUCACUAGUGAAGAGGGAUUAUGGGCCUACUAUGAGACUUGCCUUUAUCUUGAGGGGGUAACAACACAGCUGAUUCCUGAUCAGAGAGUUCCAUACGCCACCGCAGAAAAUCAGUGGGUUGGAUAUGACAACUAUGACAGCCUUCAAACGAAAGUCAAUUACCUAAAAACUAACAGCUUUGGAGGAGCCGUUGUGUGGUCUCUGGACCUCGAUGACUUUAGAGGAAAGUUCUGUAAACAGGGAAAGUACCCCUUCAUCAGCCAACUGCAUACUCUCCUGGUCCCAGGUUUUCCUGCCCAUUGGGUACCAGCUGAUAACUCUACAACAACAACAAUCACUCCAAUACAUGGAGGAAACCCCUGUCAUGGAAGGAGUUAA